GUAAGUACCGCAUGCGUACAAGAUGAAGACAACUCAGAGAAAUGUGCUCCACUCUGUGGAGUCUCACACAUAAGAACAUCAAAACCAUGUUAUCCUAGUGGAUGCCACAUGUUUCAAUAUUGUUGUCCAAAUCAAUGUUCAAAUUAUAUUGAGAAUUGUCAAACCAUGAGUUGCAACAGCAAUCAAAGACCUUUCUGUUCUACAUGUAAACAGUACAAUGUGAGAGGAGCAGAAUUUUCUAUGGCCUGGCCUGAAGGACCACUCAAAUGCAAUCCUACAUGUUCCUGGUUCAACCACAACUGCUGGCCUGGCACAUGUGGCAAAAGUCACCUUGCCAGAAAUUGUCAGUGCAAUCAAGGUUUUGUCGUGGAUAAGACUAACCAAAACACAAAAUGUGAACUUGAAAAGGGACCGAAUUUAAUGGCUUGUGAUUUUGGUAUCAAGAGUCAGUAUGGCGACAUCUCUAACUUCAGGAGUUCAAGUGGUUGUCACAGUGAACAGGACAUCUUUGUUAAAUUCAUCCCAAAUGCCAUUUCUUUGCAAAUCGAGUCACUUUUAACCUUGAACGUUACCAUG